AUGGAUUCAUUCCUGCUGUCAUCAGCGGGUGGACAAGCCGCUGCCAUUGACAAUGAAUUGAGAGGACUCACCCUGACAGUCUCUACCAACACCGGUACUACCACGGCUAUCCAAGAGGGAGAGUGCGGCCACCGUGGUGCCCUUCAAGGUUUACAGCCGGAGCCUACGGUUGCAAGUCUCCCUCCUGGUUGCAGACCUGGAGCCAAUGACUUCAUGUUCCGCGAACAACAACCCUUGUUUCCCUUCGAUGCAGUGAACAUCCUCGGUGCAAACACCGGCGGCGGCGUUUGCAGCGGCGAUGGUAUCGAGGCGGCCGAUGACAGGAGUGAGAGCGGGACUCACGCCUAUAGCAGCACCGGAGUGCGUGGAGGCACGGGUCCCGUCUUUGCCCUAGGUAGCGGUGGAGGCGCCGGGGUUGCUGCCGGCGGUGCGGCAGGCGGUGGAGGAGACGUGCGAAGCAAGAAGAGGCCGGCUAGCAGAGGCCGUGGCCGCGACAGACUUGGAGGAAUGUCUGGCACCGCUAAGCUCAAGCCAAGACCUCGCACCACUUCCACCGCCACGAAGCCGUGUGAUGUCGCCACCGCCAAGGCAUCAUUGAGGACCGAGGCAGACAUCCAGGGAGUAGUGGACGAGAUCAAAUCCCGUAAUCCGAACAAUGGUGGGGGUCGGCAGGCAAAAGGAGGCCGCUGGACGGCUGAAGAGGACAACACUUUACGCAACAUCGUGAGUCGCGACGGAGAGGGGAAAUGGAAGGAAAAGGCGGAGGAGCUUAACUACGUAAUGGCCAGCCACUACGAGGCCAUGGCCGCAGUCGCCGCCGCCGAGGGCGAUCAUGCCGUGCAGCAGUACGGAAGGGCCGCCGCGCAAUGCUUGCACAGGUGGAAGAAGGUUUUGCAACCGGGGUUAAACAAGCGACACUGGACCCCUGAAGAGGACGAAAUAGUUCGAGGGACGGUAUUAAGCGCGCAGGCGAUCGGGGCGGUGAAGUGGAGCCUUGUGGCUAUGCUUCUUCCGGGAAGACUCGGUAAGCAGUGCCGCGAGCGCUGGUUCAACCACCUCGACCCGACGGUGAAGAAGACGGAGUGGACACCUCAUGAGGACGAGGUGCUGUUCAAUGCGCAGGCGUUUUUCGGCACCCGCUGGUGCGAGAUCUCAAAGUUCCUUCCCGGUCGCACGGAAAAUGCCGUCAAGAACCGGUACAACUCCUCCGCGAGGCAAAAGUGGUUCAGCAGCCAACCCCAGGCAAACGGCCGCCCGGCCAGCAAGAAGGCGGCUUCCAAGGCCUUCCUCGACAGACUCAUGGACACGCUCGGAAAUGACGGCGGAGGAGGUGACGACGGCAACGGAGGCGACGGUUCUUGCUCCGGCAGCAAGCGCAUCCUGGAGCGGAACGCCAAGUCAGCACAGCCUAACCCGGUUUACGGGCAGCUUCCUCCUUCCGCACUCCUCUCGUCCUCCUCGCCAGGUAGCAAGCCGGCAAAGAGGCAAAGGGUUCAGCUGCCGGGCCUCCUCAACCAGCAGAACACCGGUUUCCUUGGUUUUUCGUCCCUGGCGGGAACACACACCGGCCUCCCGUACACGACCAACGAUACCACUGCUGCCGCUGCUUCUACCGCUGCUGGUACGCGCUACGCCGGCCUUGGCGGCGGGGCCAGGACUAGCGCCGGCGCCGCCGUCGGCACGAUUUCCACCGGCGACGAGCUUUUUGCGGCGAUCUUGACGGGUGACAAACAACGCGAGAAGAAGAAGCAGCAGGUACAGAAACAGCCAAAGCGCAACCACAAGCGCCGCAGCGAAAGGGCCGGCUCCAUGGUGACGGCGGUCCCAAGGGUCCGCAAUUCCCGCGGCGGCAAGGUGUCUCGCCACGUAGUGAAAAAGACAGCACCGCACGGACCGCGGGUUGUUCCGGCAGCUCUCGCCGUCCCUUCGUCCCAGCACGAAAAUAUGAUGGGCAGCUGCGGAAAGCGGGAACUGGAGGCGGCAGGAUCGGCGGGAAUAUCGGGCAUGCACGAGCAACACCCCACGGUCGGCGCGAUGUCCUGUCUGGAGGAGGAAGGAGGGGUCAAGAACACGGCGCCGGGAAGGAACAAUGGUAAAAGCGCGGGGCUCGCGGGAUGCAGCUCGGCCGCAAGCUCGCCAAGCGAUUCGCCGGCGACGGAAGAACACGACCGCCGGUCAUGCGUAACCUGGCGUUCGGGGAGUGGCGGAAUACCUCAGUGGGGCAGCGUACGUGAUAGCGACGGCUUCAGCGACCAGAUAUACGGGAGCGCGGAGGAAACAACCUUUGCAGCGGAAGCGAUUGCGAACAAGAUCACAGCAAAUGUUGAGAGGGAGGCCGAAAACUUGACCCCGCCCGCCGCCGCUGCUGCUGUUGCUGCCGUCAAGACUGAAGCGGCGCAAAGGUACUUGAGGGGGGAGUGGACUCUGACGUCUCAGCGACCGCUGCCAUUGUCUUGCGGGACCCCUAUCCCGCAAUUCCACCCGUACUUCGAGCUCGCCACAAAGAAGCACAGCAAAGACAGCACCAGCAUCAGCAACAGCUCCAUUUUUUGGGCCGCUGGCACUUCCGAUUCGUCGCCAUCAUCACCACCGGUGUUGGCAUCUGUACUAGGCGGAAGCAACAGCAACAGCAACAGCAGCAGGACAAGCUCCACCAGCAAACUCAGCCGCAGCGGCGCCUCCGAUUGCUCGAGUCAGAAGGCCAACAACGUGGUUCCUAGCAACAAGACCGUAGAAACACAAACAGGUAUCAGCGUCAACACGAACGGCUCGCCGCCGCCGUUGUGCACACCGGAACUUGCGACCGACAACAACAACAAGCACAGCACCGACAACAACAACAGCAGCAGCAGCAGCAGCAGCAGCAACAGCCACAACCGUGCAGAGUCCUUCCUGGAAGCCUUCCUCCCAGACGAUACCAAUCCCCCCGAACUCCCAUUCGCGCCGUCCGAGGUUUUGGGGUCGGGUAGAAGGGUGGGCUUGGGGAACGACUUGCGUAGCUCCUCCGCCACGUCAAUGAUGAUGAUGAUGAUGUUCGGCGUCGGCGUUGGCGCUUCCGGGCUGUUCGGCGGUUUAGGGGUUCCCCCCGCCGUCGCGGACAAUACCUGGCACAAUGGUAACGAUGGCGAUAUCCGUCCCGCCGCAUUGAUGCCGAACAAUCAGCGUGCGAGCAGCGGCAGCGGCGACGGUGGCAGUAGCACUGGCAUCUCCAGCAGCGCGACCGGUGGCGGCGGUAGCGGCGGUGUCAUCAGCUUGCCUUCUUCGCCCUCUACCGUCGCUUCCGCCCGCACGACGCCCAUCACCGUACCAAUCGUCCAACGGGUCCAAGGCCAGGAAGGUACCCCGCCGACGGUCUGGCCGGCUAGCAACGAAGGACGCCAGGCACAAACGGAUCCGACACCGGGGAUGGCGCCGUUGCCGGUGCCGUUCACGACGCCCUUUCCCGCCACCGGCGCUCGUUCAUCGCCCCCCGUGGGAGAAGCGAUGACGGCAUUGUCGGCAGCCUCGCCCGCGAUCUGGACCGCGUUUUCGUACUCCCCCGCGGUCCCACCGCCGUUCCCGUGGCAAGGGGUGCGCGGUCCGAUCCCUCCGAGCAUCACGGCAAGCACCGUAGUGGACGGCGGCGGCGGUGGUGGCGCGGACCAUGGCACGGGGGAGCAGCAUCAGCGAGCGUCGCCCGGCCAGCACGCAGUGACUGACGAUUCGGUGGUAUUCCAGAGUGAUGCUAGCGGUGCUAGCGGUGCUAGCCUCAUCGACGGGCAGCAGCAGCAACAGAGCCACCUGCCCGUCAAAGACCAAGUAUCUAGUGCCCCCGCUACACCUCACAGCGGCAAGGGAGGUGGCGGCGGCGGCAUCGACCGCGGUUGUGACUUGAGAAGCCGGUCGACAGCAUCACUAGCUACGCCAAGCUUGCCGGCGGGUGCGGCGGUCGAUGGUCUCACCCCGAGUGGUGGCACUUGCUUUGGCGGCGGCGGUGGCAGCGGUACACCCGACGGCGACCAGGUGACCGCCACAAGCGUGGACCAAGACCCGGACACCAACGGUCGUGGUGAGAGCAGCGUCGGCGAUUGCAUCACUCCGUCGUAG